AUGAUCCGCCGCGUUCCUCGCUUCCGUCUCACUCGGUUCAGCCUCAUCACGACCCUCCUAUCCCUCUUUGGGGUGUACUACCUCUACUUCGCCGCGCCCGCUCAACUACCAGAGGAGCUUCUCUCCUCGCCGAUAUAUCAUCCAGCGGGGGAAGCUACACCGUCAGGUGGGAGAUGGGCCAGAGGGAGACAGGGGAGUGGAGGUGGAGGAAGAGGGGAAGAGAUAGGGCUGGCGUAUAGUCCAGAUGGGUUGGUUAGGGGUUGGGAGGCGGCUCAUGAGUUGAUCAAAAGGGCGGGGAUACUGCCGAAGAGGGAGAGGAAGAGGGUUAAGGAGGUCAGAGAUACGCAUCCGAUUGAGGAGUUGAUGAAAAGGGGCAAGGAAAAGUGGGAGGCGUUGUUGAAGAGCCAAUCGAAGACUCUUCCCCAAGCCGUCACCGAGUAUGUCCGCCGGUACAAUCGCCCACCACCCAAGGGCUUUGAAGUAUGGUGGCAGUUCUGCAAGAAGCACGGUGUCAAGAUUGUCGACGAUUACGACCAAAUCCAGCGCGAUAUCGAGCCGUACUUUGCCCUCUCUCCUGCCGAAUUCCGGAAACGGGCCGAGAAGCUCGACACGCAAGAGCACUCAUACCAAAUAUCCCUCUCCCCUACCGCCACACCCUCCAUGACCGGACCCCGCGCCGUCUCUCUCCGCGGCCGACACCUCUUCCACCUCCUCACGCCCUUAUCCACCCUCCUCCCGUUCCCCCUCAAAAUUACAGUGUCCGACCACGAUAUGGGCAAUUGGCUCGUCGGCGACGAACAGCUCAAAGCGGCUCGGUCGGUCAUUGCUCGCGGUGGGUAUCUUGACGAAAAGGAGUUGAAGAAGUAUGAAGGCAAGGAUGGGACGGCGGGGAAGAAGGGGAUGUUGUAUGCUUGUGGGAAGGGGACGAGGGGGUGGAAUGUUAGUAUAGAGAGGCAGAAGGGGAGGGCGUGGGGUGAGGAGGAGAGCGAAAUCACCUUCAUCCACGAUCCCUACCCCACAUACGACCUCUGCUCCGCCCCCUCUCUUCUCAAAACCCACGGCUCCCACUCAUUCGACUUCCCGCGCGAAUCGGUCCUCCGCCCCCUCUUCCAACUAUCCAAAUUCUCCCGGGAUCCCAGUCUCCUCACCACCCCGCUCGAGGCGUACUCGAAUCACACCUCCUCGACCGCCGCGGCGCAAUAUACGCCCUGGGAUGAAAAGACGGAGAGUAAAUUGUUCUGGAGGGGGAGUUCGACGGGGGACCAUUAUUCACAUCGAAAGAAUUAUGAUUGGCGGGAUAGUCAUCGCAUGAAAUUGCACUUUUUGGCGCAGAGUGGAGGAGCCAAUGGCAAAGGGGGGAAGAAGGAGGAGGAUGUGGGGCUUUGGGUCAAGAGAGGGAGGGAGUGGGAGUGGGAGAAGUGGAGUAAGGGGAAGGUGGUGGAUACGUAUCUAGACGUCGGGUUGACGGGGCAGCCGCAUCAGUGCAGCAAAGAAGACGGGACAUGCGAAGAGAUGGCCGCCGAGAUCGACUUCAAGCCUCGCGUCGCGCCAGAACAGGCGGUCCAGUACAAAUACGCGCUCGAUGUCGACGGAAACGGGUGGUCAUCCCGAUUCCACCGGCUAUUGAUGUCGGGGAGUAUGGUCAUCAAGGCUACGAUCUACCAGGAGUGGCAGUCGGACUGGAUGAUCCCUUGGUAUCACUACGUUCCUACGCAGAUAGACUACUCGGACCUUUUCUCUAUCCUCUCGUUCUUUAUCGGUCCCCCGGACGGUCGGAGCCGAGGUGGGAAUGACGACCUCGCGCGGCAGAUUGCAGAGCAAGGGAGACAGUUUGGGAUUGAGCAUUGGAGGUGGGAGGAUAUGCAGGCGUAUAUGUUUAGGCUGUUACUUGAAUAUUCUAGGCUCGAGGCGGACGAUCGAGAGGAAGCGAGCUACAAGAAGACCUACACGUAG